CACACAUUUCCAAACCAAACACCAAAAAAAAGAAAGAAGAAAAAAAAAGGACCUUACAUGUGAGCCAUUGAGAUUUUGAUAGCACAAAUACUUGUCAAGCUUCAAACCAUUAACAAGUCUCCAAUCCUUCUCCUUAAAGUCAUACCACAUAAACCCAAGAGGAGCUAGAGUUAUAUACAUAAAUCACAUAAUCUAUCACACACACAUCGAACAUCUUUAUUGCAAUAGUGCUCACAUGCAUGUACCAUCUCUUGGAUCAUAAACUAUCACUUCACUUGUCCAUAACUCCUAGAAUAUAAGAUCUUUCUCUCUAUUGAGACAGAGAUAAAUAUAGUGGGAUUGUGGCGCCACUUCCAAAGUUUGUGUCUUGUGUCAAACACUUCCGGUUUGAUCUCUUCGCACCCUUUAAACACGGUAUCAAGGAUCCACAUGUUCCUUGAAACAUAAUUGUAAUUACCCAAGGGAAGUAAAAUCUCAUGAAUCAUGACCAACCAUUAGAGCAGCAGAACAUAGCUCAGCCUGAGUUAACCAAGUAUUUAUUAGUUCAGAGGAUAGUCAACCGAAACCUAAUCUUUAGGCAAAAAAGUCAACAAAAAAUAUACUCCAAUAAAUAUAUAGCAGAGACUUCGACGUUGGCGGGAAAUUUAUCGACGUCUCUUCGUCUUCUCGCCGCCGUUAGGGUUUCUUUCUUAUUUUUAUAAUCUCUUCGUUUCACCUUUUUCCUUUCCGUCUCUCAGAUGAUUUUUUUCUAAAAUCAUCAUGAGAAACUCGGUGAAAUGGGAAACGGAAUUAACCGGAGAUCGCAGCAGGAGAAGAGAAGCCGAUGAGUCCUCGGAGACACCAAAGAUCGUAAAGAAGGAGAAGCGUAGUAAGACCGUAAUUGCUUCAUUACGGCCUCAACAACCGCCGAUUCAGGAAGAAGAAGAACAAGGAAUUGCUGAUCGGAGAGCUAUAAGAUCUCAGUAUCUUGCUCUUACCCACAAGAUCAAAGAUGCUAAAGAUGACUUGACAAAAAUUGAUUCUAACAAGUUCAACAGUAUCAUUAAUGAGGUUGAGAAUUUGCACCAGAAAGUUCGGAAGCCUAGAGAGCAGAUUGCUGAUGCGGAGGCGCUUUUGGAUUUAACGAAUAGUGUGGUUUCAUCGGUGAAAUCGCAAUCAGCUCAUGGUGGUGUUUCUCCAGCUGAGUUUGUUAAUGCCUUGAUCAAUGGGUUUGGCAAAACUUCUUUAAGAAUUGAUGCUGAUGAAAAUACACAAGUGUCAAUGAAGUGGAAGGAUCUUGGGUUUACGGUCUGUUCCACGGUUUUGGUAUCAUGUGGUUGUACAACAAUGAUGGGUCCUAUGUAUAGUGAAAUGAAACAAAGGAAAAGUAGAGUGGGCAACAGAAAACGUACAAAGCCUGGUGCUGGUGUUAAGCCAGAGGAGGUUGAUGAUACAGAAGCUGAAAAGAAAAGUGAUACAGACAAUAACAUGGCAGUAAUGUUUAACAUCUUGCGGAAAAACAAACGUGUCAAGAUUGAGAAUUUGGUGCUCAAUAGGAAAUCAUUUGCUCAGACAGCAGAGAAUAUGUUCGCACUUUCAUUCCUGGUGAAAGAUGGACGUGUUGAGAUAACUGUUGAUAACAAUGGUUCUCAUUUUGUUGAGCCAAGGAAUGCUCCUGCAGCAAACCUGGUGCUGUCAGGGGAGGUCGCUUAUAACCAUUUUGUUCUUAGAUUUGAUUACAAAGAUUGGGAGCCAAUGAGCAAAAUGGUGGCAGUGGGAGAGGAGCUGAUGCCACUCAGGGAAACCAAAGUUGCUCAAGAUUCAAUAGAACUGUCGAGGAAACAAGGUUCGGUGAUUCAAGAGGAAACGGUCGUCGAAGAUUCUUCUAACAUGGAAGGCGAUAAUGAAGAUAGUAAAAAUGGUGGCUUGUGAAGAUGGUUAGGGAAUUGACAAGUCUUUUUUCUUCCUUUUUUCUUAACUAAUCAUUUUGGGGGUACAUAGUAACGUUUUUAUAUAACCUAGCUAUGGUUUCGAUUUGGAAGGAAGCAUGUUUUAUGAGGUAAACAGAUAUUUAAAUGUGGUUAGGAUUAGUAUUUUGGUUGAUGGUAGGUUUUGGAAGUUACAGAGAGGCUUUGAAAUUUGCUCUUUUCCGACAUGCAACAAGUCGAACACAAGCUGUGAGUAAAACCAUUUAUUUACUUUGGUUGUCGAAUGUAGAAUACAAAUUCUUAUUCUGGUAAAUAUAUGAUUUUAUAACUAUACUUUUGAUUGCUAAAAAAAACGAGACUUUUGAAUUUAAAAAUGACAAGAAGAUAAAAUAUAUGGCAACAUUUCUGGAAUAGCAUAGAUAUGGAGAAAUUAAAAUUUAACUAUAUUUUGGAAUUUCUUUUAUGUCAAGAUACCAAUUUUAUGACCAAAAUGUACUAUUUAUAUUAUUUAUUGAAAAACUGAAAUCUGAUAAAA